AUGCCGGGCCAUGGCAGUGCAGCCGACUUUCGGAGAUGGCAGCACCCUAAAUACAUCGUUGCCCCUCACUUCGACAUCGUUCCCCCUCCAGAUGGACUAUUUGCCUUGGGCAGAUUCGUGGAGAAUAUCAAGGAUUGGAUUUUCCUCAAUGAAAAUGACCCUAUUCCUGUCCCCAAAUUACAAGUGUCCGUCAAAGAAAACGUUGACAUAAGCGCUAUCUCAGCCCGUACCUAUGAGACAAAGACCAUAGCGAAGGUUCUCGACCGCAGCAUCGGCGGUCACGCGGAGCUGAAGGGGGUCAGGGCCGACAGUGAUGUCUUCCACAUCCAGAAACUCGAAACGAUCUACUUCGAACCAACCAAGGACUACAUCCAACAGUGCCGAGAACUCCCCGAUGUUGAUACGUAUCUCAAGUCAACCGGCUACAAGAAACCGAUCUAUCUUAUAACCGGAUUGAAGGUCGCAUGGGGAACGACCUUCUCCACUGCUGAUGGCCAGCAGUUUGAUGCAGGUGCUGGAGCAGCAGUUACGCUGGGCACCGAGGAACUCAACGCGGAGGUGAAGGGAGAAGGCCGCCUCGCCAAGGCUACAGACAUUGAAAUCACGGCCAACAACCCAUCCAACUUCGUCCUGGGCAUCCGUUUGUUGAAGUUCUUCCAUAAGAGAAAGUACAUUUUCGCUGGCGAAAUGGUUCCUUGCGAGGAGACGAUGACCGAUGGGGCAGCGUUGCUGGAUGCCAGUUCCGCAACGGAUGAUCGGGAUGACGAGCUCUUUGCUGAGGAAUUGGACGAAAAGGAAUCUGCAAUGAUGGUUCUGGAAUGA